CAACCAUUUUAAAGUUCAAGAGACCCUGGAAGUGGGAAGGCUGAUAAUAAACCUUCAUGUUUAGAUAGCUCAUUCAUGUGUUUUAUAUGUUGUAGUAACCCUGAAACAAUCCUGUGAGGCUAGUGUGUGUGAUAGUGGUGAUGAUACACUGAUGCCUCACAGUUGCUUACCUAAGGGAGUGGGGGGCAAAUUUCAUUUUGAAGAUGCUAGUCCCUGUGGUGGGCAGGUCCAAAGGCAAAGGGAUUGGGCCAUAUGCCACAUAUUUUAGUAAGGAACCCUUAGAGGAGGCAGUUCAACCUUUUAGAACAGCUGAGGGUAGAGACGAAUUGCACAGCAUCCAAGAAACAGGCCAAAUGACUGGUGGUUAGGAGAAAAGGGUGAGGCCAGGCUCUGGGUAUGGCCUGCAGUUCUGCACCCCUGUCCUAGGGCAACCCAGCUGGUGUGUGGCAGAGGUGGGACCUGACUCAGGGGCUUCCUGGUUUGUAGGUUAGUCUCUUUGAUGCCAAUGUGCUAGGACUUACAAGUCUCAUGACAGACCCGUUUUUCUCCACCCAGGUGGUGAAACUGAAGGAUGUCUUCCCCCACGGCACGGGGUUUGUGCUGGUGUUCGAGUACAUGCUGUCCGACCUGUCGGAGGUGAUUCGCAACUCUGAGCAGCCUCUCACAGAUGCUCAAGUGAAAGGCUACAUGCUUAUGCUGCUCAAGGGGGUGGCCUUCUGCCAUGCCAACUCCAUCAUGCACCGGGACCUGAAGCCAGCAAAUUUGCUGAUCAGCUCCACAGGUCAACUGAAAAUUGCUGACUUUGGCCUAGCCAGGGUAUUCACCAACAAUGGAGAAAGGCUGUACAGCCACCAAGUGGCCACCAGGUGGUAUCGGGCCCCUGAACUCCUGUAUGGCGCUCGGAAGUAUGAUGAAGGUGUGGAUCUGUGGGCUGUGGGCUGCAUCUUUGCGGAACUCCUCAACAAUUCUCCACUCUUUCCUGGGGAGAAUGACAUUGAGCAACUGUGUUGCGUCCUCCGAGUGCUUGGGACACCUAACACAAAGAACUGGCCGGAGAUCACCGAGCUGCCAGAUUACAACAAGAUCUCCUUCAAAGAGAAGUCACCCAUCCCCCUGGAGCAGGUGGUACCUGAUGCCUCUCCACAAGCCAUGCAACUCCUGAAGCAGUUCUUGGUCUACCCUUCCAAGCAACGGGUGCAGGCAGCACAGGCACUGCUGCACCCCUAUUUCUUCACAGCCCCGCUGCCAGCCCACCACUCCGAGCUGCCCAUUCCCCAGCGUGGAGGCCAAAAGGCUCGUCAGGGGCCCCAGCACCAGCGUGACUUCCACGUGGAGCAGCCACUCAAAGAGUCUCUUGUGGACCUGGAGCUUGUGGUGCCGCAUGUGAUUGAUAGUGAAGAGGGGAUCUCUGGCUUUCAGUAAGCCUCUGGCUAUUGCACUGAGUUCUGAGCCAGAAAGGCUAGCUUACCCCUGAGACAAGGGCAUGCCUUUGUGGCCUUUGCAGUGUUUUGGCCUACAACUCCCACCAAUGUAGCUUGGGGCCUGAGGAAUCAUGGGAGUUGUAGGCAAAAGCAUCAGGAGGGCCACAAGUUGCCCAUCUCUGCUUGGGGAGAACUAAUGAGUUGAAUGGCAGGAUAGGGAAUGGCAAAAGAGAGAACCGAGUGGCUGUGGCUGCUGCCACAGCAGUAUAAACAGGAGAGGCUGCUCCAGUCCAAAGUCUCCUUUUACACUGUUUUUAAAGAGACACAGCUGUGCUUGUUGCCCACUGCACAAUGAGACCAAAAUCUGGCCUGGAAAGCAAGUUCCUUGUUCCUCUGAAGUAGGCACAAAAGGUUUCCAGGGAGGCUGCCCUUGUCAGCUUCCCCUUCCAUUAUUUUGGACCUUUCUUUUUAUUUUGGACCUUUUUUGAGGCCCUCUGGGGGGCACCAGAUGUUGUGUAAUGGUGGCGGUAUAGUUGUACUGCAGCUCUGUAAAGUUUUGUAAUUAAACAGUCGGUAACAGUGAA